AUGGCCGCGAGUCCUCCUCGCCGCGUCUUUGCCCACAAAAGAACUGUGCGCCUUAUAAUUGAGAAUGACAGGCGAAUUGAUUCUCUCCAAGUUAUCGCCUCACUACCAAAUUUUCAAGCCGAUAUCACUUGCGUUGUGCCCCGCUUCGGAGGGAAAUGUAUCGAUAUUACUUUGCGCGACCGCAAGGUGACAACAAGACUGGCCGCGAGCGGCUUUGAUUUUGGAGACCUCCAAAAACUCCUGCGCCUUCUCGGCAAAAGAGCGAUCCACGUCCCUUCGUUUGUUCGGGCUGAAUUCCCAGAAAACGUGGUCAUCGACCUUUUAAAGCAAUACCGUGAGCUAAAAACUGAAAACGUUCACCGCCUUUACUUUUAGGAGGAAGGGUUUUCUCAUAUUGAGCGUGGGAUCUGCGUGGCUGAAUUCGUCAAAAUUAACAGGGAUUUACCCCGCAGAAUAGUGACUCAAGGAGUCGAAAUUAAUUUUAAAUACACUGGACAACCGCUUACGUGUUACCGGUGCAAUUCCACCGAGCACGUUGUUCAAAAUUGUGAUAAA